AAAAGCUUUCAUCAAAAGUGAACCAAAACUCAAAUUAACUCACAUAUCAACUGCGACAUCCAAGAGGGAAAGCAUGCGUGAACAAUUCAGAGAGAAGCCUAACGAAUCGGGUCACAAUCGGGUCCCUGCGAGACACGAGCUGUGAGGGGCGAUGGGCGUUGGAUUUUGCGAGGUGCAUGUCUGGUAGUGCGGUGAAGCGCACAGGCUGGUGGUGCGGCGAAAUAUGAUAAGCAAAUUCUUGUUGUCUUUCUGUGGACCCGUGAUAUCCCCUAGUGAACAUUGUCUUAUUGGUGAAUCAACAAGCUAUAUGAUAAGCAUAUUUCAUUGUCUUACGAUGAUCCCAGUGAGGCUCGAUCGACACAUCUUGGGUCCAUGGAUCCUUUGCUUUUAGCAUCAGCUGGAGCACCGUGAGUGAUUCUUUUAGCUACUCACUUCAAAUUCUUCAAGCUUAAUUCCCACGCAAUAAGGGCACCCCAGUCAUGGCCAACGACGAACACGCGCUCUUCCUUCAGAUCGUCCAGGAGGCCAAUCAAGUCGCCCACGACAUGCAAUGUAGUGUAGAGCCCGAUGUCUGUCGGGCCCUUAGACUCGCAUUCCCUUGCAAAUCCGGUGCCACGACAUGACAUCCAGCCUCUACCAACGGAGGGAUCUGAUAGCGCCAGCCAUACCAAAUUUCAGGAAAUCCGUGCAGGAGUGGCACCGGUGGCCCCGUGCCCUGCUCGACGAAGUGCAGAUCAAUACCAUUUGUUUUCAUCGUUUGGUGCGUCAGCUUCGACAUCCAUGCCGGUGUCUCCCUGGCUUCUCCUUCACAACUCUUCAGCUGGAUCAAUGCGAGCGACGCCAUGCCGCAACUCUUCACCCCUCCUUAUGUGCAAAUGUGGCGUCUAAUCAUUUAUGUGCAAAUGCAUCGGCUUAUAUAAAUUUCCAGCGCCUUGGAAGCAGACCAUGCGAGUUCCUGGAGUCCUUGGGGCACCCAUCUCGACUGUCCGUUUGACUUAGGUUUGUCCUUUCGUCAUGUGCACUGUUUCUGGCUUUUUCAUAGUACCAAAAAUAGGUCGAAUGUGAAGUAUUAUGCUCAGAUAAGACUUUUCUGAUGUUUGUAUGUUAUCAUUCUCCUAUCAACGUCGAGAUGAGGGCCAAACAAUUCAACUUCAAAUCCGUUCAGAGUAGGGAGGUGCGAGUAGUCACUUGAAAUAUUCAUUUCACGUACUGUAAAUAUAGUUAAUGGCGUGAGUGAGAAUUUGGGUUAUCGAGAUGUGUUCUUGUUUUUUUAUGAAAUCCUCUUUUUAGUGUUGCAAUUUGAGUCACUUCUUGGCUGAAACUAAUUCAAUAUCAGAAAUGAAGUAUGGAUAAGAAAUCAGUUUAUAUGCAUGUAAUUCGUAGAAAACCUGUGUACAACCUGUGUAUAACGAAGGCAUUCUCGAAGUCUUCUCAAAGCAGCUUUGCAUCAAUCAUUCAUAUAAUCUAAGUGAGUUGCAACUAUUUCUAGUCAAUUCUAUUGUUUUGUUCGAUACAGGCUGGUGUAGAGCUAGCUCAUGCCUUGAUCUUUGCCUGCUCAUUCAUGUAUUUCUUUGCAAGAUAACAGCAGAUAUUUUUUUUGACAAAUAUACGUCGUUUGAAGACACAGAAUAGUACGCAACGUGAUGGGUGAUAUGUAGUGAAAUGUUGCGUUACUGUGGAGGUUUCUGAAGUUUUGCAAUAACAGUGUCAAGUGAAAUGGUUUAUAUGCAGGCUGCAGGAUUCUGAGUUUCUGUAACUUACGUGGUGGUGCAUGCAGAAGUCACGACUAAACACCGUUGUCCAAUCAAUUGUAUUGAAGAGAACUGCAUGAAGAGGAUCAAUGCGGGGACGGCACCGCAUCAGUAUCACCCUGUGGGAAUUGUGAAGAAGGCCAGCUGCCCUGGAAAGUUGGCUGACAUGAAGGGGAAGCGAUCGUGCCUCAGUCGGUACGGGAGGAGCGUGGGGUGGACUGUGCCGAUUGCGACGAUGAUCGAUGCGAACCUGAUCUCCACGGUGUCGAGAACGCCCCAGAUCAAUGACAUUGAGUUGGUGAUGGCGUUUUUCUCGAAGAAGUGCGCAGCGUUGAACGCCCCCAAGACGAUCAUACGCUCCGGGUGCACGACGAAGGAUGAGUACUAUGACUACCAGGGAGCAUUCAAGGGCGUGAUUGAGGGUGCUUGCGACGUGGGAUUCAUGAAGUUCACCAUUCCGGCGGAGUACGCGCUUGAUGGAAUCAAGGCCCAGAACUGGACUGGGUUGGAGAGGCCAACUUCGAAAGCCCUUUUGUGCAGCUCAGGACCGGCGGUGCGCGGGGAUUUGUCCAGCUUCGCGACGUGCAAUUUCGGAUCGUUAGCUGGUAAUUUAUCCCGAAAAAUAUCCCUGGAAUGCCUCCAACCACACAAUCGGACAAGUGCACGCCGAAUCCAAAUUAUGGGGUGGCAAGCGAAUGGUGGGUUAUGGUUGGUUGUCCGCGGAGCUGGACUUUACGUCAGCGAAGGCACUGGUUCGAUGAAUCUCCAGCCUCUACUACCAUUGAGCAAUUCAUAACUGUGUCAUUGGUAAGCGUGAAGACUAGAAUACUGGUAAAAGGAUACCAUUUUGUUGAGGCAUUUUGCUGAGGACAAGGAUGGAGGAAAAUCCUGAAUCCGUGACAAGGUCGCUGGCAAGAUCGCUGGCAAGAUCGCUGCCAACUUGUAUUCUUUCAAGUGAAUCACAGGGAGAGUAUUUCAAGGCCUGCUACCGUCAAGUACACUCACAAGAAGCAGUCCAGAGGCCAAGGGCAAUUCGCUGAGAUCGAAGUUCGUUUUGAGCCAUUGGAAGCUGGAGGUGGAAUGUGAGGGUGUGGUAUUUUGGAUGAAUUGAAAGGCUGAGUCUUCUGUAUUGUUGACAGUAGGUGGAGGUGGUGACUCCGGAGGAACAUAUGGGUGAUGUUAUUGGUAACCUGAACUCCCGAUGUGGACAAAUUGAGACGCUUGAUGACAAGCCCGGCGGCAUGAAGCUGAUUACUGCUUCUAUGCCGCUGUCGGAGACGUACCUUGCGGGGCAUGACGAAGGGCAGAGCUCAGUACACGAUGCAACUGUCCAAGUUUGACGUUGUACCCACAAACAUCCAGAUGGAAAUCACAGCGAAGAAGAUAGAGACUACAGCUUAGAGUAACUUACGCUAUAAUCUAGAUACUAUCACUUAGAGUAAGAUGAUUGUCAUGUGGAGCCUAUCAUGAAUGAUAUGUCUCGAAGGGCUAAUGCUGUGGUGUAGAAGACAGUUAGUAGAAUGAAUCCUGUAGAUUAUUUUUGUUCCUUUUAUGAGCUCUGUACAGCUCUUCAUGGAACGAUUUUGUAUUUGAUCAUCUAUAUUGCGAGCCUUCUCUAGCUGGCUGCUAAGCAAACACGUCAAAGAUGAUUGCGAAAACGACUUAUUUUUUUCAGUUUUCUGAUAGCUGAAAGCUCACAACAACGUUCUAUAAUUCUCAUUAUCCGAGGUCUCCAAUGUAAAACACAUUCUUAAAAUUCUCUUAA